CUGGCUCGGGUCCGGGUGUGCUGUCUGCUCCUCAGACGGACGCGGGGAGACCACCGUAACACUCAUGUCUCCUUGAGUGCUCACAGGCGAGAGACGCGGGAAAACCAAGAGACGCGGAGAAAAGAACAAGACGAAGAAGAAGAAGACGAAGAAGAGAAGAAGACGACCACGACAACUGAAGGACAACAAUCCCCGUCAGCCACAUCUACGGGAGUCGGCAUCUGGAAAAGCACCCAAGAAAGAGACCCCCACCCACCACCACCACCCACCGCCACCUCCCUCCGUGACAUCCCAGCGCGCCCUUCCUAUAGACCCCCGGGGAGAACGACCACCCGUAGACAACCCGCUUGACCAGCGUUGCCAUUAAGCGACGCGCUUCGAAUCCGAAGGAGAAACGACUCCCCCCUCCAUGACAACAACCGGCGGUCUUCAUUUUUGUCGCCGCCGAGAACUCUCCGGGCUGUUCCUCCGAGGCUUUACACUUUCUACGGAUCUCCGACGGCAUGAAACGACCCUGCCACCCCGGCGACCCUCGGCGCUGUCACCGCACGUACUCGCGGCUUAGCGAGAGACCAGUCCGGCCCGUCCCCUGGUCCGUGUUUCGAGAGAGAGAGAGAGAGAGAGAGAGAGGGGGAGAAAAUACACCGAGCAUGGCGCGGGAACCGGCCGCCUCUCUCCACACCCGGUAACCGCCGCUUCGCCAGAGAGACGCGUCAGCCGCCGGUGUCAUUUUUUUUUUUUUUUUUUGUGACCCGAAGAAGAAAAGUCGGCGAAGAAGUGUGGGCUCGUCGGCACGGGAAGCGGUCUUUUCAGCGUAAAAGCACGUCGGCCGUGGGAAGUUUGCGCCGAGACGGGGAAAGCGGCUCGCCUCCUCCCCCCCCUCCCCCUCUCCCCCCCCCGUAUAAGGUGAGAGGCCGGUGGGCUGCGGCCAUGCUGUCCCUAGAUGAGCCACUGGACCUGAAGCUCCCUCGGCGGGUCGUCGGGCGAGACAGAGGGCCGCGCUCGCCGCACCACUCCCCGCUGCACGCCAAGCGGGUCCGCCAGCUCCGCAUGGCGGAUGACGGCACCGCCGUCAUAGAGCCCGCCUCGCCAACCUCUCCACGCACAGGUGUACAGGUGGUCCCCCAGGAUCGGACAGAGACGCCCACCCCCCCAGCGGUGGACCUGAGUAUGUCCCCCUCCUCUCGCCACACCCCCAGCUCCCCGGAGAUGACCAACGGCAACCACGUCCCCUCAGGGGAUUCUCACGUCCGUUACGUGGAGGGCGGAGCCUCAUCGCAGGCCUUUCAGUUCUUCGUGCCAAUUGGGGCCGGGGCGGGACUUCACCUGCCGUCCUCCAUGUUCAUUGGCCAGACCAAUGACAAGCGGGCUUCUCCCGACCUCUCGGCGGAUGAACAGCUGGCCUGCCGUUGGAAGAAGUGUCACCUGCUCUUCGACUCCCUGCAAGACCUGGUGGAUCACGUCAACGACUUCCACGUCAAGCCGGAAAAGGACUGCGGGUACUGCUGUCACUGGGAGGGCUGUGCACGCAAAGGCAGGGGUUUCAACGCCAGGUACAAGAUGCUCAUCCACAUCCGCACUCACACCAACGAGAAGCCCCACCGCUGCCCCACCUGCAACAAGAGCUUCUCGCGGCUGGAGAACCUCAAGAUACACAACCGCUCGCACACAGGCGAGAAGCCCUACAUCUGCCCCUACGAGGGCUGCAACAAGCGCUACUCCAACUCCAGCGACCGCUUCAAACACACGCGCACGCACUACGUCGACAAGCCCUACUACUGCAAGAUGGUGGGCUGCCUGAAGCGCUACACAGACCCCAGCUCCCUCCGCAAGCACAUCAAGGCCCACGGCCACUUUGUGGCGCAGGAGCAGGGCUCGGCCAGCGGGGUGGGGUCCCUGCUGAAGGGGGGUCAGGCGGUGGGGAUAGCCGGCCGAGGCGUGAAGGAGACGGAGCUGUCCUACGUGAGCGGAGCGCAUAUCAUCAUCCCCAGCGCGGCGGCUGCCCUACUGGGGGGCCACGCUCUGCAGGGCCUGGGGGGCUCUGUGCCGCUGUCCCCCCUCAGUCCUCGGCCCCUGGACCUCAGCACGCUGGGCUGCCCCAGCUCGCCUCCAGCCGGCCUGGGAGGAACCCCAAUCAUUUCCUUCAACGGCUCGGCGCUGGGCUUGGCCAAGUCCUCCCUGCUCUCCCCGGCCUUCCCCUCCUCGGCCAUCGGCCUCCCUAUGGUACCAGUGCUGGGGGCCGCCUCCGAACGCAGGGUCCAGGGCCGGCAGUCCAAGGGGAGGGGCCAGGGUGAGGAGGGGGAGGAUGAGGUAGCUGGGGGAGUGCUGAACCUCUCCACAGGGUCUCAUGACCCCCUGUCUUGGGUGGUCAUCCCCCCAGGCACCGUGGUGCUUAAACCAGCUGUGGUCAACUGACACACACACACAUGUGCACACACACACACACACACAGACACACACAUACA